AUGGAAUCAAGGAAGGCAUUCUGCCCAACUCUGCGUUUUGAUCCCCAGGUCUGGGACUACUUUCAACGCUGGUUUGGGUCGGAAAAUCUACAAGAUAUAUGCAAAGCACUGUGUCGUCCAUCCUUGAGCACAUCCCUGAGGGUCAAUAUCCUGAGGACAACACCACAGGAUGUGCUGCAGAAGUUGGGGAUGCUUCUGCCAGCCAACACCCUGGCAGAUUGCCAGCCAGCCGUUCAUGCUGGCAUCGAUGGGAUUGUUGUGCUGAAGGGAAUGGGCCCUAAGACUGUGGACUAUUCAGAAGAAGGUCUUAAAGAAAUAGUGGUGGACCGAAAGACGGGGGAGGCUGUUCUACGAGGAGCAGAUGUUUUUGUUCCAGGCGUACUGGCAUGCAGCCCUGGCCUCUCCAAGGGAGACAGGGUCGCAGUUUGCAUCGCCCUGGAAAGGCCGGGCAGUGACUGGUGUGGCAUCACUCGCGGCACUGUGCUUGGCUCGGAUCACAGCCAGGCGCUGGACGCAGUCGACCGUUCAUCAUUGUACAUUGGGAUCGGUCGUGCCCAAAUGUCAAGAGUCGAAUUGUUCCGAGUGCGCCAGGGAGUGGCAGUGACGAUGGAAGACCCUGUGUUUCGAAUACCUUCAUGCAGUGGGCUUUUAAUUGGGGAUGCCAUGCUGCAGAACCUCCCCAGCUUUAUUGCUGCCAAGGUGUUGGCCCCGCGACCUGGAUGGCGUGUCAUUGACAUGUGUGCAGCACCAGGCGGAAAGACAACAGCCAUUGCGGCAUUGAUGCAAGAUCAAGGCCAGGUCAUUGCACUAGACAGAACGCACAGAAAGGCUGCCAGCAUAACUGCACUGGCCUGCGAGAUGGGUUUGACAUGCAUUAAUGCCUACAAAAUGGAUGCAUGUCACGCUGUGCUGCAUGAUGGGCAGCUGCAGCAGGAUAGCGCCAUAGAGAAUCCUGUGGACACUGCCGAGGAGAUCAAUCCAAAGGUGGCGAAACGCAAUAUGCGGAAGGCAGCUGCUAGAGCGGCCAGGGGUUUGGAUCCAAUGGAAGAUCCUGGUGCCACUUGUCACACAAAGGCCAACGGCUUCACUGCAGGCAGUUUUGACGGUGUACUCUUGGACGCACCUUGCACAGCCCUUGGAUUGCGUCCAAGGUUGCUGCAUCGCCAAACAAUGGGUGAUCUCAUCAGCACAGCAUCAUAUCAGAGGAAGCUCUUGGACGUAGCUGUUCAGCUUAUGAAGCCAGGGGGCUCAUUGGUGUACUCAACUUGCACUAUCAACCCAGGCGAAAAUGAAGAGAAUGUUUGGCACGUGCUGCACAGACACCCCAAAAUGCGCCUGGUGUCUCAAGAGCCCCACUUGGGGGGCCCAGGUCUGGCAGGUCCAAUGCAUUCUGGUGGAGGAGUUAAUGAGGACAAACGGCUGACUGAUGAGCAGAGAGCACUGGUGCAAAGAUUCGAUCCUUGCAGCAGCUUGGACACUAUAGGAUUCUUCAUUGCGAAAUUCCAGAAGGACGGUCCUGAGCUGUCUGACGUGCUUGAUUCCAACGAUUAA